AUGAACAAGAACCCGCCGGUCAGGCGCACGCUGGCCGACAUCAUCAUGGAGAAGAUCACGGAGAAGCAGACGGAGGUGGAGACGGCGCUGUCGGAGAUAUCAGGCUGCCCCAUGCCCCAGCUCGAUCCCCGCGUCCUGGAGGUCUACAAGGGUGUCAGAGAGGUGCUGUCCAAAUACAGGAGUGGGAAACUCCCCAAGGCAUUUAAAAUCAUUCCUGCCUUGUCCAACUGGGAGCAGAUUCUUUACAUCACAGAGCCAGAGACAUGGACAGCAGCUGCCAUGUACCAGGCCACCAGGAUAUUUUCAUCCAACCUGAAAGAGAGGAUGGCCCAGCGGUUCUACAACCUGGUGCUGCUACCACGGGUCAGGGAUGACAUCGCUGAGUACAAGCGCCUCAAUUUUCACCUCUACAUGGCUUUGAAGAAGGCUCUGUUCAAGCCAGCAGCCUGGUUCAAAGGGAUCCUCAUCCCACUGUGUGAGUCGGGGACCUGCACGCUGCGGGAGGCCAUCAUCAUCGGCAGCAUCCUCACCAAGUGCUCCAUCCCCGUCCUCCACUCCAG